AUGAAUACAAAUAACAAUAAUACCAACAACAACGUUGCCUCCAAUAGAGCUGGUGAUGUUUUCCAGCACAAAGAGGAAAUAAACUCAAUUGAUGCCAAAAGAGGCUUCAAUGCACACAGAGAUCUCAGAAGACCAUUACGUACCCAAAAAAUCGACAGUGGUUUAGAUUUAUCUGCAAUCAACUAUCAAUGGUUCACCCAAAAUGUUGAUCAUUUCAACAUUGUUAACACUGAUACUUUUCAACAAAGAUAUUUAAUUAAUGACCAAUAUUAUGAUGGCACUGGUCCAGUUUUCAUUAUGAUUAAUGGUGAAGGUCCAAUGGGUCUUGAUACUGUUACUGGUUUACAAUUUGUUGUUUGGGCUAAACAACUCAAUGCCUUAAUUGUUAGUUUAGAACACAGAUAUUAUGGUGCUAGUUUUGUAACAUCAGAUUUAUCAUUAGAUAAUUUACAAUUUUUAAAUAGUCAACAAGCUUUAGCUGAUAAUGCAGUCUUCAGAGAAUUUAUUGCUCAAAAAUAUAAUAUUCCAUCAACUACCAAAUGGGUCUCAUUCGGUGGCUCAUAUUCAGGUGCUUUAACCUCAUGGUUUAGAAUUAAAUACCCACAUUUAGUUGAUAUCAAUGGGCCAUACAAUUUAGUGACUCACAGUGGAAUUUUGGAAAAGGGUAGUUUUUGCAGAUGA